GGAAUCAAGUGCUGAAAUUUUAUACGACGAAUAUUUUUGUUAACACCUCUAUCCAUUCACAUACAAAUCAAACUUUUGUAUAAUGGCUCUAAAUCCGCUGUACGAUGAUAUUGGCAAAGGAUUUGUCCAACAAUAUUACGCCAUGUUCGAUGAUCCAUUGCAGCGACCAAAUGUGGCCAAUUUCUACAGUGCCACUGAUUCAUUCAUGACCUUCGAAGGACUUCAAAUGCAGGGAGCAACAAAAAUCAUGGAGAAAAUCACAAGUCUGGCAUUUCAGAAGAUUUCCCGAGUGAUUACAACCGUGGACUCACAGCCCAUGUUCGAUGGCGGUGUCCUCAUCAAUGUGCUGGGUCGUUUGCAGUGCGACGAAGACCCACCACAUGCCUACUGCCAGACCUUUGUCCUCAAGCCUUUGGGUGGAACCUUCUUCUGUGCUCAUGAUAUUUUCCGCUUGAACAUACACAACACUGCAUAAAUG